AUGGACAAGCUCAUCAAGAACCUUUCCAGGCUGAAUGUACGAUACCUCCCAACCCCGUGGAAGAUCGGUCUUCUGGUUGAGGAGUAUUUUAACAACAUUCAUCCAUUGCGAUGCUUUGCCUUCAUUCAUAGACCCUCGUUCUUGCAGAGACUGGAUAUAGAGACCUCGAAAAUGACUCGCAACAAUGCUCUGCUACACAUAAUUUGUGCGCUAGGUGGCCAAUUCUACGCAUUAGCGUACAGUGAGAAUGUCUCUCAGCUUUCAGCAAAAUUCGUGCUAUCUGCCGGGAGUGAGUGGGCCAAGGCCGCUCAGCGGCUGGUUCUCGAGACCUUGGACACGGUCACGAAUGAAAAUUUAAUGGCAUCUGUUCUGCUUCACGACUAUGCAGUCCGAAUGGGCAACUUUGCCAAUGCGUUUAUGCUUAGUGGGCUCAUCACACGCAUGGCUCAGGCAUUGCAAAUUAACCUUGAGUACAACACGGAUGUCCUUUGUCAAAACAAUGACUAUGGCCCUUCUACUACGGCAAAAGAGUCAAGACGACGUCUGAUGUGGAGUUGCUAUGUGAUGGACUCUCUCGUGGGGAGUGGAGUGGAUCAACUCACACUCGUCCACGAAAAGGAUAUGAAGAUCCAGCUUCCCUGCAAUGAAAGAAACUUCAUACAGCAGAUACCAUGUUUCACGGAAACACUAGAGCCUGCAAAUUGGCUGAAGUUUAUCCCUAGCGAGCUUGACACAGCGACCCUUCUACCAAACAUGGGAAUAAUGGCCCACUUCAUCAGACAUAUCUCUAUUCGAAAGCGAGUUCUAAGGUAUAUUAAGCAUCUUGGUGAUGCGAUGGUUCCGUGGGAUCCCAGCUCGGAAUUUGCUGUCCUGGACAGAGAUUGUCGAGCAUGGUAUGAGUCGCUACCAGCCAGUUUACAGUUCACACCCAGUGCAAUUUAUAUAAGAAAAGACUCAUCACAGCUUGGUGCGCUCUGUGUAUUACACUGUGCACACUACCAAACCACAUGCGAUUUGUACCGACUGGGGGCUCCUGCACUCUAUAAACUUCGGGCUGCCUUCGAUUUCCCUCCAGAACAUCAAGUGUUUCUUCGCCAUCUACAGCAGGUUUUGUUUGAUGCUGCGAGAACUUUGGCGACGAUUAUUGGAGAAACAGCUCGUCAUGGAACCCGAAUGUUAGCCGAUUCAUGGCUUCCAACAAUUACAUACGAUAGUUGUCGGAUCAUGGUAUAUCAUCUCACGCAGAUCCUGGACCCCCGCUUGGAAGAUACAAAGAGUGUCAUGAUGGAGACGCUUCCUCUUUUGCAAAGCAACAUCAAUGCCCUGGGUGCCAUGGCAAACCUUAACGGAAUUGCGAAAUCUUUGUGUUCUGCGGCAAAGACCAUGCUCGAUCGUUCUGGCAUUGGGUCCGAAGUCAUCGCACCGAACAGUGUUCCCGACGACCCAUACCAGUCUAUUGAAGGUGGAGAAGAUCUCAGGUCAGCAGCUUACAAUGAUCAAAAGAAGGAAAGUACUUACCUGGACACGAAUGGCAGUGAAAGUUUACCAGGCACCCCGAUUCAAAGCGCACCUGACUACGUUCUCAAUCCCCUGUCGAUCUUUCGAAUGGCGCGCAAGUCUAUUCCAGAGCGGCAUGCCCCAGAAAAGGCCACCACAUCAUCCGCCCCAAAUAGCGCAAGACCUAGCUCCACCGCAGAUGACAAUCCGUCACCUAUUGAUCCUAUUGAUCAUUUGAAGGCAGCCUCUACAGCUCCAAAUGAGCAUACUUCAAGCCACGCAAGCCUGGAAGAACUCCAAACUUUGUUCAUGUCUGAUCUGGGAUGGGCUUGGCAACCGGCAGAUACGGCCGUCGGAUCUGGAAUUGAAACGGCCGGAUUGUUGCCAUGGGCAGGAGGAUACUCUACAACACAGGCUGAACCGUGGCUACCCGUUUUCCCGUUUCCGCAGCAAAGUUGA